AGUAGCACCCUCCUUUUGUAUUUCCUGUAGUCUUUGGUGGCUGAGGUAAACCCUUUUCUGGAUAUUCUGUUCAGGAACAGACACUGCAAGCAGAACUUUGGAGGGAGCAAUUGCCAGGUACUCAAGACCAAGUCACUGAAUUCUAUGUGAUCAGAAUGGAGCCCAGUCAAAAUGCUUCAUCCCAAGAGAACUCUCUGCUUCAUAACCAUCAAGAUGAAGACCCUUUUGACUCAAAACUCUCAAAAGAAGCUGACAUAGUCGCUGGAAUUUAUUUAUUGCUAGUUGGGAUCCUGUCCACCUCAGGCAACGGAUACGUUAUUUAUAUGUCUGCACAACGGAAAAAGAAGCUGAGGCCUGCUGAGAUCAUGACAGUCAAUCUAGCCGUGUGUGACCUGGGAAUUUCAGUGGUAGGGAAGCCGUUCAGUAUCAUUGCUUUCUUCUCCCAUCGCUGGAUUUUUGGCUGGAGUAGCUGCCGCUGGUACGGAUGGGCGGGUUUCUUCUUUGGUAUUGGCAGCCUCAUUACCAUGACGGCGGUCAGCCUGGACAGAUAUUUCAAAAUCUGCUAUUUGUCCUAUGGUACCUGGCUGAAGAGAAGACAUGCAUUUGCCUGUUUAGUAUUCAUCUGGGCCUAUGCUAUCUUUUGGGCGACGAUCCCCUUUGCCGGGGUGGGCAACUAUGCCCCUGAGCCUUUUGGGACCUCGUGCACCCUGGACUGGUGGCUGGCUCAAGGCUCUGUGGCAGGGCAGGCUUUUGUACUGAAUAUCCUUUUCUUCUGCUUGCUGCUGCCGAGUGCUGUGAUCGUCUUUUCCUACGUGAAAAUAAUAGCCAAGGUCAAGUCGUCCAGCAAAGAGGUCGCCCAUUAUGACAGCAGGAUCCAAAACACAAAUGUUCUGGAAAUGAAGUUAACCAAGGUGGCGAUGUUGAUCUGUGCAGGAUUCCUCAUUGCUUGGAUCCCGUACGCUGUUGUGUCAGUGUGGUCUGCUUUUGGGAACUCUGACUCGGUCCCCAUUAAGGUUUCGGUGGUACCCACCCUAUUGGCCAAAUCAGCAGCAAUGUACAACCCCAUUAUUUACCAGGUCAUUGACUGCAAAUCAGCCUGUUGCCGCCCCAAACCGUUGCACAAGGACAACUCCUCGAAGAAAUCCAGGAUGUACACAAUAUCUGCAGAAGCCAAGUCUGAAGAAAUGAAUGAAACUUCUCUGGAUAGGGCAUAAAUUUCUGUUGACAACUAGAGGCCAGCUCAACCAGGCUUUACUAGCAUGACAGCUUCAGUUCUUUCUUUCUUUCUUUCUUUCUU